AUGGAAGCCGAAUCGCCCCUCUCAACACCCCAGCCGGAUCACACCCAGAGUGAUGCCUCCCCGUCAACAGACAGGAGGAAAUCGGGUCGCGUGACACGAAAACCAGAACUGUAUUCCCAGAGCUAUGGCGCCAGCAAUGGUGCGACCGCAGGCGGGGCUAAACGCAAGCGCACCACGACUGGCGAUGAUAACGAUGAUGACAAUGAACUAAGCAACGAGGACGCGUCCGAGUCAGACAGCGAUGAGCCCGGCGACGAAGAUCCCGACGAAGAGGAACUGCGCGAGAAGAAGCGGGCGGCGCGCAAAGCAGCCGCCAAGAAGCAGUCGUCCGCAUCCAAAUCAAAGCCCAAGUCCCGUACCGCGAAGAAACCCAAGGUCGCUGGCAACGGUCUGCCUAGUCGCCUGGCCCUACGGCCCGCUGCCAAUGGAAAGAAACCGGUUUCGCGUCCCAGACAGAUGAAAGCGCGCCUCACCAUGGCUGCGCGCGAGGGUGGUCUCUAUGCGGAGGUCUUUGGCAAGGGACGAACCGUCGAAACAGUUGCGGCGGAAUGGCUUACGCAUUAUCAAGAAGAGCAACAGGAGGCAGUGUGCGACAUGGUUAACUUCAUGCUGAAAUGCUCGGGAACUGAUCUGGAAGUGACGACGGUUGAUAUUGAAAAUGUCGACCACGCCCCGCACCGUGUGUCUGAUUUGGCAACGCAGUACCAAGAACUAGGAAUUUCCGAGUACCCUUUGAUCUCCAAGUCCAGGAAACUGAGGUCUUUCCACCCCGUUUUGGAGAGUUUUAUCAUGACCCUGAUCCAAACCCUGCACCACUCGUCCGUGCUAUACAACGAUCCGAAUCUAUUCGAAAACAUCCAAGUUUGGAUCUCGUCCCUGUCCUCUUCUGGGUGCCGGCCGUUCAGACAUACCGCUACCGUCGUCUCCCUGGCCACGAUGAACGCUUUCUGUGAUAUUGCGCGGGAGGUCAACACCACGGUCUCCACGUCCCGCAAACAGCUGGAAAGUGAGAAGAAAAAGCGGUCAGUGAACAAGGGCCGAGCCGAAGCCAUUGAGACAGCGAUCGAGGAGGGUGAAAAGAAGCUGGAAAUGAUCGACGACUACCUGAAAGAUGGUGUGAACGUCGUCUUUGUCCAUCGCUACCGGGAUAUUGACCCCGCCAUCCGCGCCGAGUGCCUGGCAGCGUUGGGACGCUGGAUGCGCACCUACCGCGAGUAUUUCUUCGAGGGCCAGUUUCUCCGUUAUUUCGGCUGGAACCUGUCUGACGCCGCGGGCCAAUCUCGUGCAGUGGUGGUUGAGCAGCUCAAGUCCCUCUAUGAAAUCAAAGACAACAUGGCAGGCCUUCGGUCGUUUACGGAGCGUUUUCGCCAGCGGCUGGUGGAGAUGGCGGCCCACGAUGCAGAGAUCACCGUGCGCACUUCUGCCAUCGAGCUGCUUGACCUGAUCCGCGAUGCUGGAUUGAUCGAACCGGCUGAUGUGGAUACAGUCGGCAAACUCGUCUUCGACUCCGAACCCCGGAUUCGCAAAGCGGCUGGUCGCUUCUUUGUUGCGAAUGUCGAGGAUGUGUUCGAUUCCACGAUGGAAGAGAUGGCAGAGGAGGCUAGCGAGAUCUUCGGUGACGAAGAUGAGGACGAUUUCGAGUCACCAAAGCGCUCUUGGAUCAAGUUCAAGUGCUUAGCGGACAUUCUCCAAGCUUACGACGAUCUCGAGAAUGAAAGCGCCGAGGAACCCGUGGCGCCACGAGAUGCGCUUUCGGGUGCUCCGAUGGACACACGUUUCGUCCUUGCUACGGAGGCCAUCUAUCCCCAUCUCACCGACCUUGCUCACUGGCAGUCUUUGGCAGGUUACCUUCUCUAUGACCAUUCCCAGAUCCCGGAGGAACCCAGUGAGGAUGAUACUGCUGCCGUGGUCCGGAAAUCGUACAAGAUGCAAGAGGGCCAGGAAGUGAUCCUUCUGGAAGUACUAUGCUGCGCAGUUAAGCUGCGCGUCCUUGAGAUUGCCAAGUCAGACAUUGAUAAGAGGGGCCGAAAAGUGAAGGCAUUGACCGACAAGAUCCCAGAACUGCAGGAGGAGAUCUCGCACAGCCUGGCGCAGAUAAUUCCGCAGCUGCUAAACAAAUACGGCUCCGUACCGGAGGCGGCAUUUGCUGUCUUGAGGCUUGAACAUCUGGUCGACCUGGAGAAGAUCGAGGAUAUUCAAAAGGACGCGACAGCUUAUACCUCGUUGUUGAACGACAUAAACAAGCAGUUCCUAACCCAUUCAGACCAGGAUGUCCUGGCUGAGGCCAGCGUUGCGUUCAUCCAUGCAAAGAGCUCCGAUGAUAUGCGUGAGGCGCUCGAGGGCAAAAUUCAGGAGUUAUGGGACAACAUGGUAGAGACUCUGAGUACUCUGUCACAAAAGGAGGACGUGUCAAAGGGAGGCUCGAUAUCUCCCGCUACAUUGAACGAACUCGUCAACACAGCGAUCCGGAUAUCUAACCUUGCCAGUGUAACUGACUGUACGCAUGUCUUGGAAAGCAUGCCCUCUGGUCGAUCAAAGGGUAAGCGCGCAGGCGUUUCUGAAGCACCUUUCAACGCUCUUGUGCAUUUGGUGAAACGGGGGCUGCGCGACCCGGAGGACGAUGAGGAUCUGGCCAAGGCAGAAAGUGAACUGGUUACCAACAGCAUCCGGACGCUUCUGUUCUACUUCAUGUGGAAGGUGCAGACAUUAACCACGGCCCUGAAUGCAGGGAAGGCAUCGUUUAAUACGGCAUACUUCGAGGCUCUGACCAAGGGCCGUGAGAUCUUCAUCACAACACUUGUUGCUAUCAUGAAGCAGCGCUUGGGAUUGGAUGACAUCCGGUUCUGCGCGGCCACGACGCUCCUAGACCUUCAGACCCUGUUCGGCACCCUUCGCCAUGCUGGACUGAGUGCGGCCAAUGACGAGGAUGUGAUCCUCCAGACUCAAAGCCUUGUUCAAGAAAUUGGGCGUGAGCCAAAGACGCUCAUCGCCAGGAUACAUUCCAUAGCAGAACGCACGUAUGCGAGAAAGAUACGAGUUCCCAUAAGGGCUGCCGACGACGACGGGCUAUCCGACGAAGACAUCCGGAAAGCACCCCAGGAUGAAGACGACGAAGAGUCUGAACCAGAAGAAAUCCUGGAUGACGAGCGCCUCCGAUCGAGCAUUAUUGCGGAACAGCGCUUGUGCGAACUGACCGGAAAAAUCGUCCUCGCCAUCGUCGGUCGCAUUAUCGACGCUACCGGAUCAGACAGUGGAGCAUUAACGAAGAAACUGCUCAAGAACAGGUCCCAGCUGGGUCGAAACUACCGUGAAGUCCUCGCCUAUCUCGGAGACCGCAAGCCCAGCAGGAGCACAGCAACACGAGCCGCUCCCCCACGAAGUAAACAACAAUCGGCGCAAAGCAAAACCCAGAAUGGUGCCGGCGCCAGCAAGCGAGCAGGAGACCUUAAAUCCGCCGAACGGAUAGACGACGAAGAAGAGGACGAAGAUGAGAACGACGCUGAAGAGGAAUCCCAUCACGAAGAUGACGAGGAAGAGGAUCUACGAGCCCGUGGCCUUCUCGAAGAGGAGAACAUCGACCAAGACAAUGUCGAGGAGGAAGAGGAUGAGGAUGACAAUCCAGAUCCAGAUGAAGACGAAGUUAUGGGUGAUUAG